GAGGGGAGCUUUCGGUGACCGAGGAAGCGCUUUCCCGCGCCGAGAGCCGGACGGGAGGACCCGAGAAGGGUCUGGGCGUGUCGAGGGGCCGGGGCGCCGGGAACGUGGCGUUCACCCGCGUCCCCGAGGUGCUGGUGCUCAGCGAGCCGCGGAGGGGAGGAGCAGUCCCCGGGCUGAGCCAGGCCCGGGGCCAAGUGCGUCCAGGGCGGAGGGUGACGGGAAGCCACCGGUGCCCGAGGAGUCACUUUUGGGGCGCUUGUUUCGGAGCGUUGCACAAACCCGAGCGCCAACCCCGAGAGCUCACCGGCGUGAGUCAGCGGGACCCGCGGCCGCAGGAGAGGGGGAGGUGGGCGAGGAGGGCGCCGCGCACCCCGAGGCCCGCGCGGACGGCGGCGGGAAGGGCCCAGGGGCGACUUGGGACACCCCUAGCGGCAGCCCCCUCCCCAGCCCGACAGGUGAGCGCGGGCGGGCCUCGGGGCGGAGCCUGCCGUCCUCCCCGGCCUCCCUCGGCGCCGGCGCCGCUGCCCAGGAAAGGUGAAGACCAAGAGGGCAGAGACCUUGACUUUUUGUUCACCCCCACAUCCCAACAUAGUCUCCGUGAAGAUGCGGGUUCGAUCCCUGGCCUUGCUCAGUGGGUUAAGGAUCUGGAGUUGCCGCAAGCUUCAUAUUAUAUCUGGGUGCUGGCACCCAGCCACUCCUCUGCCAAUGAAGUACAUCUUGGUCACUGGUGGGGUCAUCUCGGGCAUCGGUAAAGGGAUCAUCGCCAGCAGCAUUGGGACGAUUCUAAAAUCAUGUGGACUCCGAGUUACUGCCAUCAAAAUCGACCCCUAUAUAAACAUCGAUGCAGGCACUUUUUCGCCUUAUGAGCACGGUGAAGUGUUUGUCUUAAACGAUGGUGGAGAAGUUGAUUUAGACCUGGGAAAUUAUGAAAGGUUCUUGGAUAUUAAUCUUUAUAAAGACAACAACAUCACUACGGGGAAGAUAUAUCAACACGUGAUCAAUAAAGAGAGGCGUGGCGAUUACCUGGGAAAAACAGUACAAGUUGUCCCUCACAUUACUGAUGCUGUCCAGGAGUGGGUUAUGAAUCAAGCCACGGUGCCUGUGGAUGGUCAUAAGGAAGAGCCCCAGAUAUGCGUUAUUGAGCUGGGUGGCACCAUCGGAGACAUCGAAGGAAUGCCCUUUGUGGAAGCGUUCAGACAAUUCCAGUUUAAAGCGAAAAGGGAAAAUUUCUGUAAUAUCCAUGUUAGCCUUGUCCCCCAGCCCAGUGCUACCGGAGAACAGAAGACCAAACCUACACAGAACAGUGUCCGUGCGCUGAGGGGGUUAGGCCUGUCUCCCGACCUGAUUGUCUGCCGAAGCUCAACGCCCAUCGAAAUGGCUGUGAAGGAAAAGAUUUCCAUGUUUUGUCACGUGAAGCCCGAACAGGUCAUAUGUAUCCACGAUGUUUCUUCCACCUACCGAGUGCCUGUGCUUUUGGAGGAACAAGGCAUCGUUAAAUAUUUUAAAGAGAGAUUGGAUCUGCCCAUUGGGGAUUCUGCAAGUAAUUUGCUUUUCAAGUGGAGAAAUAUGGCUGACAGGUAUGAAAGGUUACAGAAAACGUGUUCCAUAGCCCUGGUUGGCAAGUACACCAAGCUCAGGGACUGCUACGCCUCCGUGUUCAAAGCCCUGGAACACUCAGCUUUGGCCAUCAACCACAAGUUGAAUCUGAUGUACAUAGACUCCAUCGAUCUGGAGCAGACCACCGAAACUGAGGACCCUGUGAAAUUCCACGAAGCUUGGCAGAAGCUCUGCAAAGCUGAUGGUGUUCUUGUGCCAGGAGGCUUCGGAAUCAGAGGAACCUUGGGAAAACUCCAGGCGAUUUCUUGGGCAAGGGCAAGGAAGAUUCCUUUUCUGGGAGUGUGCCUCGGGAUGCAACUGGCAGUGAUCGAGUUUGCGAGAAACUGUCUCAACUUGAAAGAUGCUGAUUCUACAGAAUUUGAGCCAAAUGCCCGUGUUCCUGUGGUGAUUGACAUGCCGGAACACAACCCUGGCAAUUUGGGAGGAACGAUGAGGCUGGGAAUAAGAAGAACGGUUUUCAAAACUGAAAAUUCAAUAUUAAGGAAACUUUACGGGGACGUUCCUUUCAUAGAAGAAAGACACAGACAUCGCUAUGAGGUGAAUCCUAGCCUGAUCAACCAACUUGAGCAGAAUGACUUAAGUUUUGUAGGUCAGGAUGUCGAUGGGGAGAGGAUGGAAAUCAUUGAACUAGCAAAUCACCCGUAUUUUGUCGGAGUCCAGUUCCAUCCUGAGUUUUCCUCUAGGCCUAUGAAGCCUUCCCCUCCAUACCUGGGGCUCUUACUUGCGGCAACUGGGAAUCUGAAUGCCUACCUGCUGCGGGGCUGCAAACUGUCUUCCAGUGAUCGAUACAGCGACGCCAGUGAUGACAGUUUUUCAGAGCCCAGGAUAGCCGAGUUGGACAUCAGCUGAAACCGAUGCGUGACUUGGGAUCCCCGGCUUUGCCUGCGAGGUAACGGAAGCCAAGAUGAAGGAACUCUCUGAAGAAAUCACCCCCACUCUGAUAGAAUCACUCCGUUCUCCACCAAACAUGGGAUGUACAGCCUCGAGGGGAGUCGAAUCAUACGUACGUCCAUGAACCAGAAUUUCACGCUGGUUUUCCUUUUCUUCCAGAAGUGACUUUGGGGUCUCACAAAUUGCUUUAGCCGAUUAAACUUCUCCCAACAACCUCA